AUGGCGUUGAGUAUUAUGGAGCGCAAAGGAACAAAACCUUCAAGUUUGAUGGAUGUUGUUGAAUUCAUGCGCGAAAAUCGUUGGUGCGUGGGACUUGUUCCUGAAUAUUUGCGCUUCAUAAAAUUACUCAUGACCAUACCAGGAUCAUCUUGCUCAAACGAAAGAAGCUUCUCUGUGUUGCGACAUGAGAUUAAGGUGAUGCUACAAGCCUUGGACUUAAAAUUGGAGGGAUUUGAGAGGAGCAUUCAGUACGAUUUAUACAAGAAGUUUCAAGAAAUUAAGGAAGAAGUGCGAGCUGUUCAUCGCCCUGACCUAACAUUGGCAUUACAAAGACGCUCAAUAUUGCCAGCGUUUCCGAAAACGGAUUUACAAGAUUUUAAAGACUUUGAUCAACAACUUUUAAAUCCGGAGAUGUUUGAAGCCUUUAAGCCAUUCAUAUUACUGCACUCCGAUCGGCUGACGGAUAUGAAUUCGGCAUUCAACGUUAUCAUACCGAUGAUAAUAGAUAAAAACGUACAGAUGCAAUAUACCGGAUUUGAACGGCCAAAAAAUAAUGUGGCGAAGGAGAAUUUUUCGACAACUCACUCUUUCCUUAUUUUUGAAGAAAUUAUACUACAGAAAUGUCCGAAUACUGUUUCCGUCAAAGACAUAAACAGAAAACUAAGUCGUGGGCUAUCGCAAGCUCCAGACAGAAAAGAACGCCUUAAUAAGAUUGCCAAAGCAGGCUCAUCAGGCUCAAAUCGAGAAGCCGUAACAGACCCAUAAUUUUCGGUGGAAGAGGAUCUUGAGCUUCAACAAUUACUAAAUUGUUUACGUUAUCCUGUAGGCAUUACGAAAUUAAAUAUGUUUUUAUUUUUAUCAUGCUCGGAAAAAUUCGCGUUAAACCAAUACAUAGAAAUAGCGGCAAUCGAUGUGGAAAAUACAAAGGAAGUUUUA